AUGAUGCUCUUUCUCCUUACAUUCAUUAGGAAAAAUCAUGAGUUGGAUUUACCAGAUGACAGCUUCGAUGUAGAUCUUCCAAGAACACCUUUCCAAACAAUUGCUGCAACAACACCUUUAGCUACAGAAUCGCGUUAUGAACAGUAUCAGGAUGUUACUGUUACUACAGAGCCAAACUAUACAGAACAAAAUUUGCUUUAUGCAUUCAUCGCUUUGGUCUGCGUUGCUGUUGUUGGUAUCAUUGCUUCUGUUACUUAUUUUGUUAUCAAAAAGCGAAAUGCUGGCCAAGUUGCAGCAUCAGCUAACGACCAAGAAGAGGAGUCAGGAGAUGGCAAGCAGAAUACAACACAAACACGAACAAUAACAAUGACAGGAACCCGUUCAAUGCGUCAAACAAUUCCAUCCAGAACUACAACUGCAAAUACAACAAUGCAUGCUAAAUCUAUUUAUGCAGUUAAUACAGUUAUCCUGUAA